UUUUUCCCUCGACCUUGGUUUUAUGAGGAAACAUUCGGAUGUAUUGAGCAUACCAGACAGUUCCAUGUCCUUCUCAAACUGGUCGAGAGAGCAGACUAGGCGUUCUAGGUUGAGUUCGUUGGCGAAUUCAAGAGAACACGUUUCUCGACAUGGUCGCCAUUUUGAUAAAGGUGAAACCCCUAGUAGUGGGCACACCAAAGCUCAAACUCACAGUAAGAGUAGAGCGAAGAAAAGGAGACACUCUAGUUCGAGUUCUGGCUCCAGUUCAGAUUCUUCAAGUUCUGACGGUUCUAGGAGUAGCAGUGAUUCUAGAGCUUCUUCUCGUAAGUCACAGAAGUCGGGUUCGGAAUCCUUUAAUUCCAACACCGGAAGUAGAGAAAAAGAAAGUAGCACCUCAAAACCAAAAAGAAGUGUAACGUCAGAAACGAUUGAAGUUUACGAAAGAUUUGACAUUAAUAACGAUGUAAAGGGAGAAAAAUUUGACAAUGAGUUGAAACAGUUUUGUCAGCCAUUCUUUACUAAAUAUUUCAGUGACGAAACCCUGAAAACUAAGAUCUUGGACAAGUAUCCAAUACCCGAUGCAGGUGAUCUUUUCAAAGUGAAAAAAUUAGAUUCUUUUAUCAGUCCUUUACUGGAAAAGAAAAACAAACAGUUUGAUAAAGGAGCUGACAAAGGGGCACAAAAUAUUCAGUCGAGAAUUUACAAAACCUUGGGGCCUCUUUCUAAGUUGUGGGGCAUUCUAGAAGAUCUGCGUGCUGCCUUUGGGGAGUCUCAUGAAGUUGAUAACGUUGACGUGACCCACAUGUGUUCUUUGCUAGAACAGUCUGUUUGUUUGAUUGGCCAAGCAAGUGUAGCAGUUGAUCACCAUCGCAGAGUCAAUGCGACGGUGAAAAUUACAGGAGAUUACAAGAAGGCUAAGGCCAUUUUGGAUGAAAAUGCUGAAGCUUUAGAAACUAGCGGGAGUAAACUGUUUGGUGAUAAAUUUAUAAAGAUCUUAAAAAAGACAGGGAAAAGAAGAAAAGAGGCUAACGAGGUAGUUGAUGCUACCCCUGCGAGAAAUGAGAGUAUAGUGGAAGUGAAAUUUGUAGCCGGAUCAAUAGGUGCAAGCCAGAUUUUCUUGAACUUAAAGAAAAGGCUUGAAUAUGAAAAAGGCAACCAUUUAUUCCAGAUCACUGUUAGAACAGAGGUUGAAGGCCAUCCAGACUCCCAUCAGACAAUGCAGGUCACAAUCAACGUGACAGAUGUCGAUGACAAAAACCCAAGGUUUGACCCUCCACACUACACAGGCUCCAUACCAGAAAAUUUCAUUGCCAUUCUUAGGUCAAUGAUCAAACUGGACAUAGCCAGAUAUUUACCACUCUGUAUCUUGAGAACCCUGGGCUUGAUGGACAUCAAACUUGAUACACUAGCUGGAUUCCCCAGGGGACUAGAUGACCAUUAG